AGAUGGCCCCAGGUGAUGCUUUUCGCGAGAUAUGUGAUUGGCGGAGAUCCAGGCCAUUGAUCUUUACCCAACCAUCCGCUAGCCACUUUCAGCUGGUAGAGAGCCUCCUUAAUACUCAUGAGGCGGCACUGGAAGAUUUUCCUCUGCAGGACGGCCCAAUUGGUGACCGAGGCUGGCGAUAUCUGAUUGUCGCGGCCGCUGGCUCUAUACACCCCCCUUGCCAGGGUCCAAACGGCAUUGGCACUAGCCUUCACUGCCUUCAAGGUUAUGCCAUAUUCUUCAUUCCUGUCCUCAAAGAAGACGAGUUUAUCAGGAGCUGUUUCGGCGUCGCAGACGCGCACCCCAACCUGGAUUUUUCAUACCUCUACGAAGCUCCGUAUCGUUUUGCCUCUUUUGUUCUCUCACCUGGCCAAACGGUUAUCUUUCCCCCUGGCCAAGUUUAUGCCUACGCAUCACUUUCUCAAGAAUCAAACAGUCGAUUUAUCCCCGGAUGUAAAAUUCAAUGCUCACACUUUCUCGCCGCUGGAUGCAUGAAGCGAUCGUUUUUCACAAGCUGGUUUCAUCGCAACUCUGCCAACCAAUUCAAGAGUGAACACUCCUGGGAUACCACCCUCACAUUAUCCUUGAUGGCCAUGGUAUGGAACGCGGUGUGUGCCCUAUCGACUGCGCAGGAACAGCCCAUCCAUUCUCCAGAUAUUGUCAACCUCUUCUCGUUGGCACUCAUGGCUAUGGAGUUCGUUGGGGAUCGUGAGCCGCGCUAUUCCGAAAUGACGAAGUCAUUGGGGCGGUAUUGUGCAGAGCAAGGAGCGGACUCUUGCUCUCGAUUCCUCAAUGAAUUCUCGCGCCUCAAUAAGUUAUCCGCAUAAAUUGGGCGAGUGCGACCCUGGAGUUCACUUCCCCAGCCCACAAUUACGUAACUUCUGACGCUGAAAAUGAAUAUUUCUUCUCCAUCUUUAUGUAAUAUCAGUUAUGCUGCCACUCCACUUUCGACCUCCUGUUUAACUCGUUCAACUGCUUGUCCUCUUCUUCCAGCACUUCGCAUGGUGUCUUUGUGAAUAGUGCAUCCUUGAAAUCACGUAUCAGGCAUAUGUUUGCCCCCUCUUGCAUGUGACAGCGUCACUUGAAAUUGUCGGAAAAUCCCGUAUAUCGUUUAAAUGCCCGGGAAAUGUUUCAUGGCAUUUAUUUACAACAACUACCCAACAGCCGAUGAGAAUACAUUGGUCAGAUGUGGUGGUACUUUAUGUGUUAUAUGAGACGGGUUUUUGAUGAUUUUGAUGCUGUAGGAAGCAUUUAUGACACAUCUAAUCAGAUGGUAUGAGCACUUAGUGUAACGGCCGGAACCUGAGCUGGU